GCGCCUGGCUCACGGCUCUGCACGCGGGGCGGGGCGGGGCGGGCCGCCCAGGCUGCCCCGCCAUCGCUCUGGCCUGCUCUACCCGGCAAGCGCAGGGGAGGGGGCGGGUUCUCGCCUCGUUGUGAGGCGCUGGGGGCGGAGCUAAGCAGACCCGCCCGCUCCAAGAAGCGGCUCUCAGCCUCGCUCCCAGCAGCCCCGCACGCGCCCGCGUUCGCCUCUACGCUCCCAUAAUUCUUCGCGGGGGUGGGCUCUCUUUUCGCGUCACUUCCGGCUCCUUCCGGCUCCGCCGAGAUGGUUCCGCCGGUGCAGGUGUCUCCGCUUAUCAAGUUCACCAGGUACUCAGCCCUGCUGGUUGGGAUGCUCUACGGGAAGAAGCGAUAUGACUACCUAAAGCCUGUUGCUGAAGAGGAAAGGAGAAUAGAAGGUGAAGAGAAAAAGAAGCGUGAAGAAUUGGAACGAAUUGCAAAAGAACUGGCAGAAGCCAGCGAAGAGUCUAUACUGAAAUGAACAAAUUGCAUUGGACCUCAUUUUCAUCUUCAGCAAAAUCUGAAGUCUUGAAUUAGCUAUGUUAAGUUCAUUUAAGCACUAUAUUUACUGUUUCCAUCAAUAAAUACUUGUGAACAGUA